AUGGUUGAAACAGACAACACAUCUACUGAAACCAAUAUGAAACUGACCCAUCAGCCAGCCACGAAAGUCGCCGGACGCCGUGUCGCUGGACACAAAGAAUACAAAAAUGAGAGUUCCAAUGAUGCGAUUCGAGAAGUUUUGGACUAUGAGUUGCCGGCUAAAAUGGAUCAUGCAUAUCCGACUGAAUCUGUCAAGAGAAUUCAUGAAAAACCAACACCAGCAGUUCAACAAACUCAUGUAAACAGAGGAACAAGUGGAGGACAACAACGAUUUAUUCCACGUAAACAGACUCAUUGA